AUGUCCUUCGUCUGGAGCGACCCUUUCAAACCUCAAGCAGAAGCACAGCCACAACCAAUCUAUACCCGCGGUCACAUCGUCUAUGACAAGAGCGACGUUGAUUCCAGAGGAGAACCUACGCGUAAGAAGCUCUGGGUAUGGGAGAUGAAGUAUGAUCCAACCUACGAGAGUGCGAGUUCGCACCGUGAGAGAAAGAAGGCGUUGUCGUACUCCAUGAAGGAUGGGCCUGGAGAGAAGGCCAAAGAUAUGGGCUUGGUUUCCGAGGAGGACUUGAGGGAGACGGAGCCUGAAGUAGAAAACUUGAUUGAUUUUGACUGA